AUGUCGUCAUCGUCAACAACUUGUACAAAAUGGUACACAGUACGUCAAUUAAAAAUCUUUCAAUUCACAUUUGGUUCUUAUCUAACAAUUCAUUUUGCAUAUUUAAUUCCUCAUGUGACGGAAUUAUUUAGUCGUACUGGUAUGAUUGCUGAUCCACAAUGGAAUCCAACAUAUGGUUACUUUCCAAAUAUUCUUCAUUGGAUUGAUUAUUCUCCUAAACUUUUGAGUGUUUUUAUUAUUUCUUUGACAUGUUUGUCAGUGAUGUUUGCCUUGCGACUUGUUGCACCACGUCUUAUCGCUUUUUUGUUGUGGUAUGGAUGGGCAUGUCUCUUAAAUCGUAAUGUACUUAUUUUGAAUCCUGGCAUUCCGUAUGUUGGUUUACUUCUCUUGGCAUUUAGUCUUAUUACUUUUACAAAUUCAAAGAAAGAUGAUGAAGAAAAUAAUGAACUUGAAAUUAGUCCACAAGUCUUUCCUUGGCUCUAUUGGGGAGGUUGGACUUUGUAUGCAUUAGGUUAUACAAUAAGCGGCUUACACAAAUUACAAUCACCUAGUUGGAUUGAUGGUAGUGCGUUGAGUUACGUCUUAAAGUCUCCUUUAUCACGUGAUAAUGGUUUAUGUCAGUUUUUACUUAAUACCCACCCAAUUAUUCUUCAAACAUGUACUUGGACAUCACUUUUUGCAGAAAUUUCAUUUGUUCCUCUUGGUCUCUUUUAUCAUACGCGCAAACUUUAUUGGUUUUCUUUUCUUGCUCUUCAUAUUGGAGUUUUAUUACUCGUCAAUUUCACUGAUCUCACACUCGGAAUCUUAGCUAUGCAUUUUUUUCUAUUUGAUCCUCGUUGGUUAUUUUGA